AUGGCAGGGUGUCAUAAGGAAGACUAUUUCACUGCCCCGGAUGCUGAGGCAACAUCUGCGGGAAAGUACGGUGGACUUGUCCCAAAGAAGAAGCCUUUGAUAUCCAAAGAUAACGAAAGAGCCUUCUUUGAUUCCGCAGACUGGGCAUUAUGCAAGCAAGGUGCUGGAGUGAAUCAACAAUCUACCGCAGCAGUGGAGACACUGCGACCAAAACUACAAGGAGAAUAG